AUGGCGCCUUUGGAUCCUACUCGUGCAGCAUGGCUGUAUCCCCUCAAGGGAGUUCACUACUUCGCGACCCACCGAUUUCUCUGGCCACUUUUCAAGGCUCGCCUGCUCCCCAUUGUCCUCCUCUCCAGUUUCGUAUACUUCCUCCUCUUCUUUUUCACUUACCUGCCGCAAGUGGCCUUCUUGGCUAUCUUCCAGGGAGCCGGAGCGUGGGUCAGCGGAGCUUUCCUGGUCCUCGGUGAGGGCGCCGCUAUUGUUGCUGCCUUGUUUGAGGCGUUCUUCGUGGACGAGACCCUGGUGGAUAUAUUUGAUUCAGUUUUGGUGAAUGAGGGCCAGGAAGAGCUUGUACUCGCCUCUCGAGUCAUCUAUCCUGAGGCGGGCGACCCGACCAGUCGACUCGGCACACCGACAACUAGCGCCGUCUACGCGCCAUUCUCUCUCCGGCAAAUUCUCGAAUUCAUUAUUUUGCUACCGUUGAAUUUUAUACCUGUCGCGGGUACACCGAUGUUCCUCAUUCUGACGGGGUACCGGGCGGGUCCGUUUCACCACUGGCGCUACUUCCAGCUGCUGGAUUUUACCAAACAGGAGAGGAAGGACAGUGUGGCUCAACGACAGCUGCAAUAUACGACAUUCGGGACGGUCGCUAUGGUUCUUCAAUUGAUCCCCCCUUUCUCCAUGAUAUUCCUCAUGACUACUGCCGCGGGUGCAGCUCUAUGGGCUGCAGACCUCCAGCGUAAGCGGCAUCUUGCAAACCAGCGACCUGAUCGACUAGGUCAUGGUUAUCGUGACGAACCGGUAUGA